AUGUCUGCAUCAGAACCCCUGAGCUCCUCCUCGGAACUGCCUUUGACAUGGACCGACUCCUCUAGUGGGCUGAUGAGAUUAUCGAGGAAGAGGAGGAUAUCGACCCCAAUGACCCCAGCCGGGCCCCAGCCUGAGCAAGGCGAUGCUAGAGUCUUUCAUCUCAAGCGGCGCACCCGCGCUCGACUCGUCAGGGCGACAGCAGACCUUCGUCAGUCUUUCCUCAAGAUUGUGAAACAACAUAAUGUAGAGCACGGUCUUGAGACUUCGGCAGGAGCAGAUAAGAAGAAGAAGCGACCGGCAGGCCGAGUCCCGGCCGAGUACAAGAACUUCAUGGCCUUAAGUCGUCAGCUUCGCAUGGCCGAAAUUGGACCAAGGCCGAGUGUGAGCCCCUUACGUUUCCCUGUUGCACAGAAAGAAUGGAACGCGGCACGACUUCUUCGUUUGGAGGAUGGCGAUAAUGGCUACUCCCUUUGGCAAGUUGCUUUGCGGGCAUUCCGACACGAGGUUCAACGAAUCCUCGAACAAGAUGACCCUAAGCGAACCCCAGCCCAGACCGCUGCCCUUGUUCAGGAGAGCAUGCAGUACUACCCUGAUAUCGCUGAUGUGUAUUAA